GGGAAAUCUAACUGAAUCAAACCAAAGCCAUGCUGAUGCCUGCUCGUCAUAUGAUCAAUCUCCUCCCUCAGACUCCAAUAAUCACCAUGCUGCCAAGUCAAACCAGAGAGGGAAACGCCGCAGACUUCUCUUUCAAUUCCGUCUGCACCACGAGCGAAGAGUUUCAAUGAGCAUUUUGGUGGAAUUUUACACAUUUUCAAGAAACUUUUUCAGGAACGAGCGAAGUAACAUCGUUGUUUUGCUGUCUUUAACGCCGGGUGCGUUUUUUGCGCAUUUUUCUGGAGUGUUUUUUUUUUCUUCAAGCAACUUGUAAAUGGAGUCGUCCCUUGAAUUGUCAAACUCUAUGAGCAGCGUGUCCUCGCUGCUGAAUCGCUCUCGGACCUUUAAGGUGCUCGUUAUUGGAGACUCCGGAGUGGGGAAGACCUGCCUCACACACCGGCUGUGCGCCGGAGAGUUCCCCAGCAGAGUGGAGGCCACCAUCGGUGUGGACUUCCGCGAGAAAGUGCUGGAUGUCGAUGGAGAGAAAAUUAAGCUCCAACUGUGGGACACAGCAGGACAGGAGCGCUUCCGCAAGUCGAUGGUGCAACAUUACUACCGUAAUGUCCAUGCUGUCCUCUUCAUAUAUGAUGUUAUCCGCCCCGCCAGCUUCAAUGGCCUGUCUGCCUGGGUGGAGGAGUGCAGGCAGAACUCCCUGGGACAGGACAUCCCCAGGUUCCUGGUCGGUAAUAAGAGUGACCUCCGUGACCCCCGCAGGACUGAGGGCCAGGUGAGCCAGGAGCUGGCGUUGAGCUUCGCCAGAGCUCAUGGCAUGUUGUUUUUUGAGACUUCUGCCAAAAACCCUCCAAACAAAUGUGUUCGACAUGGCGAACGGGAGGUGUCCUAUCAGCAGGAUAAGCUGGAGGACAUCGUUGUUGCUCUAGGUGCCAAAUUAAAGAGGCAGAAGAAAUUUUCAGGAGUGAACGCCCCACCGCAUGCCGGGACCUUCAAUGUGAGCAGGAAAAGGGUGGAGAAGGAGCAGUGGCCAUGCUGCUGAGACACAGACACAGAGAAAAAUGAACUCUCAGAUGGCAGAAUGGGACCUUUGAAUGAAUGAUGUGUGUGUGAACUGAGAUAAGUUAAUGUUUACUUUUGACCAAAGAUAAAAACAUGCCAUACUUUUACAUAUGAAAUGAAGUUUUCCUCACCCUGAAACAAAACUUUAAUAUAUACACUCUUAAAAAUGUGAAUGUCUUUGUAGAAAUGUUGUGUAUAUGUUUGAUUUUAUUGUUUUCAUAUCUGGCAAAUAAAAGACUGUGAAAGUAUUA